AUGAAUGCCAGAUACUAGAUGCUUUCUGUCUCUUAAACACAUGAAAAUGAAUUAAGUAUAGAAAGAUAAAAUUCACCUCUGAAAACAGAUUAAAUUUAGAUAACAAAAGACAUUCCUAGUUUAAUAACAAAUAUUUUCAAUCAGUAAUUAACAGAUUCUAACUUAAAGUAACUUCAACAAAUAGUAGAUUAGUAUCAAGAUCAAGAAUUUUAAAAUAUUUUUGUACAAUUUUUCCUCGGAUAGAGAUUAUUGUAAGCUUAUGAUAAAGAGAAGGAUCUAAAUUAUAUUACUGAAAUUCAAUAUAUUUUAGGAUCGAUAGCUAAAAAGUCUCUAAUCUCUAAAGAAACUCUUCUAAAUUUAAAUGUAAUAUAAAUUGCGCUUAAGGUAUUAAACCUUGAAAUAGAGUAUGAUGACCAUUGUAUGCUCUCUUUAGUAUAUUUGAUAACUACUUUUGUAGAAAUUGAUACUCUCACAUUUUCUGAUUAAAACAAAUUACUCUUAUUAACUAUUUUAGAAAAAUUAUGUAAGAAAUUAUUACUUAUUAAUUAUCUGGAUCUAGAUAUACAAUAAGAAGAAUCUUCUAACGAAAUUUAGUAUUCGCUACUAUCAUAAAUUAUUUAUUUUCUAAAUCUUUUCAUCUCAAAGUCAGGACUUCCUUUUGAUCUAACUAAAUACUAAAAUAUUUGGAAAAUAAUAAUAUAAAUUGCAUUUUUAAUAUAAGAUGUUUCAUCUUUAUAAAUAAGUGCAUUAUAAAUUAUUGCUGAAAUAUUAAAGUAAUCAGAUAAAUAAAAAUUGAUUGUUUUUCAAACUAAUCCAUAAAUUUUAUUUUAAUCAUUAUAAGUUUUGGAAAAUCAUAUUGAUUAUAAUACAAUCAAUAAUUGCAUUCGUUUGUAAGCAUCAUUAAUUUUAAAAAAUCUAUUUUCUAUAUGUAAUUAAGAAAUGAUUGAUGAUAUUCAUUUUAAUAAAAUUCCUUUUUAUUUUUUAGAAUUGAUGAAAUUAGAAGGUAUUUAUAGUUGAAAAUAUUUUAGAACAUAAGAAAGUAUUUUACCAUCAAAUAGAAGCUUUAUAUCAUCUUUGCAAUUAAAGUACAUUUGAAUAAUGUAUUGAAAUUUAUGAAAAUGGAUUAUUAAGUUUAAUAGUUUCUUAUUUAUAAGAAAUAAAAGAUACACAUAACUUUGUCUUAUGUAAGAACUUAUUAAAAUGUAAUUUUUUUAAAUAAAUAAUAUAGUGAUUUAAGUCAUUCUAGAAUAAAGUUUAAAUGAUGAGAAACUUAAUGCAUACUUUAAAUAGUAUAAUAUUCAAUAAUAUUUAAAUGAAAUUAUUAUAAAUUGUAAAAAUUAAAAUACAGUCAGAAGAGCAACGAAAAUUUUGAAUUAUUUUAACAUUUGA